AUGUCGAUUAGAGAACCCCUAAAGGAAAGCCUGGAUGGGAGAAGAGAUUUCUGUUUCCUUUCCUCCCCUUAUCAAACCAAGGCACAUGACUAUUAUUUGGAUGUUUCAAACACUUUGGAACAAGAAGUUGGCCAUGCACCAUUGAUCAUUUUAGAAAACACCUUAGCCUUCUUCCACUUUUUUAAGAAGUCCGGUAAUUGUUACCAGUAUCUCAUCUUAUCCACCAGGAAGCUCUCUUGCUUUCCUAAGACGUUCUUCAUCCAGGAUAGUGUGGACCCCUCGAGUUUCCCUCCCAUGGCCCCUAAGCAGAUCCCACCAAGCCCAGGGGUGGUAGUGGUGACCGGGGAACAGCAUGUCUUAGCAAUGAAAGGAAGCCUGCUCUGGGCCUUUGCUUUACAUUUGCUAAGCACUGGCUGUUACUGCAAGCGCUCACAUUACCUCAAAGGUGGCUGA